UCACGCCUCCUCUCCCCCACGGUGGCCCGAGCCGGAGUUCCCCUCUCUGCCCGCCCCGCGACCGCCACACUCCCCGACCCCUACCAACCAGGAAGCGAGAAAAGAGAGAGGCGAGCGGCGCCGGAGGAGGAGGAGACUGCUUUCCCGGCGGAAGAUGGCGCGGCGCGGGCGUGUGGAGCUGCGGCGGAUCGAGGACCGGACCAACCGGCAGGUGUGCUUCUCCAAGCGCCGCUCGGGGCUCUUCAAGAAGGCCUUCGAGCUCUCGCUCCUCUGCGACGCCGAUGUCGCGCUGCUCGUCUUCUCCCCCGCCGGAAAGCUCUACGAGUACUCCUCCUCCAGCAUAGAAGCUACAUAUGAUCGCUAUCAGAGAUUUGCGGGACCCGGAAUGAACGUGAAUGGAGGCGAUGCAAGGAACAAAAAUGAUGGUGAUCCUUCAAACAUACAGUCAAGGCUUGAAGACAUCGCUUCCUGGUCUCUUCAAAAUAAUGCUGAUGACUCCGAUGCCACUAAGCUGGAGAAACUGGAGAAACUCUUGACAGAUGCUUUGAGGAAUACAAAAUCCAAGAAGAUGUUGGCGCAACUAAAUAGCGGCGCAAGCACGAGUGCAAGCGCCCAGAACUCCAAUGGCCCUAGGGGACUGGAAGGAGGAAGGACUUGAGCCUGCAUUCUGUACAAGGGAUGCUCUGCUGCAGAUGCAACUCUUCCCCAGUUGUUGGGUAUCGAAGAGUUGUCAGGGCUGCAGCUUGUAUGACUCAAGGCAGAAGGUUGCAAAUUCAAUAAAAGGUUGCCUUGUGCCUCGUCCGGACUCUGUGAUAUAUUUAUGCCAACCUAUCAUUCUGUUGUCAACAAGUCCUGUUAUCUGGAACGGAAUAAUCUCUGUCUCAAAAGAAAGCAACUGAAUGGGAAAUCAGUUUAUGCAGAUGCACUUUAUAUAACGGAAUGCAGAUGUUUCCUGUUAACUUGGUGAGGAUCAUAUUCAUGUCUAACCGCAGAGACGGACGUCUGUAUUUCUGUUAAGCAAUUAAUGAAAAGGGGCAUUGCCUGGUUGGGAAAAAAAAUCACAUUCAUGUGUGCAUUAAGCAAA